AGAAAAUUGAGAGAGUUCUUCAGUCCAUCGAGGAGUCUUGUGCUGUUUGGACGUAUAAUCUCUCGGCGCAUUUUAUUUUCUGUGUUUCCCAGUUUUUUUUUCAUGCAACAUUAUUUAUACCUUCGCGAUAUUCCUUCACUUUGAUGGAUUAGCGGUGAACAGUAGAUUAUUCUUGAAAGUUUUCCCCCCACAAGCUAAAGAAAAUUUUCCUUGAGAGUGUGAUCCAAGCCGAAAGCUGAGUGUUUAAAAAUACACACAUACACACAGCAUAACCAUAGAGUGCCUUGAAAAACGAUGAUGUGAUCAGAGUGUGCUCCGGAAAUAAAAUUGAUUUCACUUGAAUAUUUUCCAUGAAUACUGUGUUCGCGGUUUUUGCGCGAAAAAUAGUGUGCUAGAAUUGCAUCUUGCCAUCAAACCGACCGGAGACAUUUUAGCUUGCAACAGCGAGUUCUUUUGCCCUUUUGCGAUAAGCCAGUCCACUGCUAAAAAGAGCCAACAUCAUGAUUCAUGUUGGAGACAACACUUGGAAUUUGCGGGUUUUUAUAACCGAUCUGCAAGUUGAGAAAACUCUCCGAGUGCGAGGAGAUUUGCACAUUGGCGGCGUUAUGUUAAAAUUAGUCGACCCAGAAAACCCAAAAGAUUGGUCUGAUCACGCCCUUUGGUGGCCAGCAAAAAACAUCUGGUUGACCCGAACACGAUCAACCCUCGAUCAAUGUGGUGUUCAUGCUGAUAGUCUUCUGCAUUUCACACCAAUGCACAAAACACUAAGGGUUCAGCUGCCAGAUUUACGCUAUUUGGACUGCCGUGUCGAUUAUUCCGCUAAAACCUUCAAUGCUGUGGUCAAUCUGUGCAAAGAUCUGGGCAUCAGACACCCCGAGGAGUUAUCCCUUCAUAAGCCCCUCGAACCGGCUUACCUGAAACGCAACUAUGCCAGCAUGCCGGCUCCUCGGGUGGCUGUAGAUCAGAAUGGCUAUCUACAACCCCCUCCGGACACCAACACCUUCAUCCCCACCCAUUCUAGUGGCCUCCAUGGCAGCAACGGCAGCCUGGAAAACAGCCACAAUGGCGGCCCAUUCAGCUGCGCCCCCGUGCACCAUGCACCCUCGCCCCAGCGUCAGACCCACGUGACACCCAUCAGUUCGCCCUCGGGCACGUGGAAUCGCGGCACAAACGGCCACACCACGCUACUGCACGAGUCCAUGUCUAGUCUGGGUGAGAUCACGGAGAAUCUGGCCUCGAGUCCCCGAGCCCCUAGCCCGGAGGCCCGAUCGCGCCUUGUCAGGCCACGAUCGCUGGUCGAGCGUGCAAGAAUGAACGUAGGUUGGCUGGACUCGUCAUUGUCCAUCAUGGAGCAGGGUAUCAGGGAGUUUGAUACACUCUGCCUCCGAUUCAAAUACUACACCUUCUUUGACCUCAAUCCGAAGUACGAUCAAGUAAGGAUCAAUCAGCUCUACGAGCAGGCAAAGUGGCAAUUGCUAAAUGAAGAAAUUGACUGCACGGAGGAAGAAAUGCUGAUGUUUGCAGCACUUCAGCUCCAAGUGGGCCUUCAGAGUGAGGUUCAACAGCCCGAUUCGGGCAUUGAUACAUCGAGUUUAGACAAUGGUGCUGAUGAUGACAUCGAUGCUGCCCUCAGUGAACUCCAGAUAACAUUGGAAGGACCCCACAAUAAGAACAACGUCGGUGACAUCACAACAAUACCCGAACUAACGGACUAUCUGCGAUUUAUGAAACCCAAGAAAUUCGCAUUGAAAUCCUACAAGAGGUAUUGGUUUGCAUAUCGUGAUCUGCAUCUGUAUCUGUACAAGAGUCGCGAGGAGGCGAAAGGCGGUGAUCCGGCCAUUAGAAUCAAUUUGCGUGGAUGCGAAGUGACUCCGGAAGUUAAUUUAUCACAGGGCAAGUUCAAUAUCAAACUCGAGGUGCCACCGGAGUAUUCUUCAGGGCCAAACAGCGAAAUGUGGAUCCGGUGUGAGCACGAGGAUCAGUAUGCCAAAUGGAUGGCAGCAUGUCGAUUAGCAUCGAAAGGUCGCUCCCUGGCAGACAGUUCGUAUGAAAACGAAGUGACUAGCAUAAAGUCCUUCCUUAGCAUGCAGAAGCCCGUCAAUGGACCCGUCAUUAGUAUAAAUCCCGACAACAUCGACCCCACAGACUAUGUUGCACCGCGCUUCCUCAAGAAACUCAAAAGCAAGGCCGUCAAUCGGAUCCUCGAGGCACAUGCCAAUGUUAAGGAUCUCCCGCUGAUCGAAAGUAAACUGAAAUUUAUUCAGGCAUGGCAGAGUUUGCCUGAAUACGGUGUCACAUUGUUCGUGAUAAAGUUCGAUGGACACAAGAAGGAGGAACUUUUGGGUGUUGCCAGCAAUCGUAUCAUGAAAAUGGAUCUCAAUACGGGAGAUCACUUAAAAACAUGGCGCUACAACACCAUGAAGGCUUGGAAUGUCAACUGGGAGAUUAAGUGCAUGAUGGUGCAGUUUCAAGAUGGAAAUGUUGUAUUUUCGUGCCUUUCGGCGGACUGCAAAGUUAUUCACGAAUUCAUUGGAGGCUACAUCUUCAUGUCGAUGCGCUCCAAGGAAACUAAUCAGACCCUCAACGAAGAAAUGUUCCACAAACUCACGGGUGGAUGGGUGUAGAAUUUACCCCCGAAAAAAGAAACGAGCAUUAAUUGGGAUGGGUUGGGAUAACACAAAAAAAAAACUGUUUAAAAAUAAACCUGUGUAAAUAUACUUUUAACUGUUGAUUCUAUUUACAAACUAAAUGAUUGAUGUAAUUAAUCUACUGUGUCUUAGUUGAUUAUAAGAAACUAAAAAAAAAUGAAAACAAGUAAUAAAUUGUGCCUCAAAUUGUUGCAAAUGCUGCACAAUUCAAGUGAAAAAUAUUAUUCAUUUUAACGUGUAGCAGUUUUAAUGUUGAUACCGCGUACGGCAAUAACUGAUUAGAUGUUUCUACGUAUUUUUUCUCUUGUUAAUAUUGCUCCGAAUAAUAGCUUUUUUCCUAACGCAAUAACGGCCAAAAGAAAAUAUGUCGAACGUUUUUUUCCCAUCUGCGGAAAAUUUAUACAACUUUCUGAGCAAUCAUGAAGAAAAAUUUCUUAUACAAUUUAUUGUACGAUUUAUGUGUAUAUAAAAUGUUUUAAAAUACGACAAAA